AUGUUUGAGGACAACUUUGACACGCUCAACAAAAACACAUGGAGAGUCCUCAACGACUGCUCGACCGGCAACAACUGCGUCUACAACAACGAGCUCCAAGUGUACUUGGCGAGUCAAGUCUACGUCACGAACGGGUCGCUCGUCAUUGAGGCUACGAACGAGUCGUACAUAUCCUGCUGCUGGCACGCGGCAGUAUCGCAGUAUGGCCGCUUUGAAGCGCGCAUCAAGCUCCCGGUCGGCCAAGGCAUGUGGCCAGCCUUUUGGCUCAUGCCGCGCACGAGUGCGUGCUGGCCCACAGCCGGCGAGAUCGACAUUAUGGAGUACACGGGGGACUUUCCCAAUACGCUCAACGGUCCGCCCUGUUCCCAGAGACGUCGCACUCUCAUGCCAAUUAGGCAACUACCAUUAUGGUCCAUCGUGCAACAACCUCCACACGUCGGCGGGCUGUGGCACGACGGGCACGGCGGCCACGUCGAGUGGACACCAACGUUCAUCUCGUGGCUGUACGACGGCAGCGUCUAUUACAUCCUCUCGAGCGCCCAGUGGGCCCCGUCCGCCUUCUUCUUCAUACCCAAAGACCCGUUCUACUUCAUUUUGAACCUAGCGGUGGGCGGCGACUGGCCGGGGAGUCCCAACGCGACCACCGUCUUUCCUCAGCGCAUGUAUGUCGACUAUGUCCGCGCGUACAAGCGCACAUGA